AACCCCUAAUCUGCAAAUAUUAACAACACCUAAUACAACCACUCAUGCACCCAACACAACAACAACUCCUCAUACAACACCUAAUACAACCACUCAUGCACCCAACACAACAACAACUCCUCAUACAACACCUAAUACAACCACUCAUGCACCCAACACAACAACUCAUCAUACAACAGUUAAUACAACCACUACACCUGGCACUAAACCACCAACUCCAACAUUGCCACCAAAACCAACACCACCUUCCAUUGGAAACUACUCUGUAAAAAUGGAUAAAGAUAAAGGACCCUGCAUAAUUGCAGUGAUGGGAUUGGAGCUAGAACUGGAUAAGAAUAAAGGAUAUUAUAAUGUUGUUCCCAAGGACACAACUGCUACAGGAAAAUGUUCAGAUGAGCAGGCAAAUCUUAAUCUGACAUUUCCAGAAGGCUCUAUUAAUUUUAUGUUUGUUAAGAAUAAAAAUUAUUACCACAUUGAUGCAAUCGCUUUCCGCUUCGCAUAUGGAUCAGGGCAUUGGAAUGGAAGCAUCCAAAACCAGUCUCUGCUAACAACUGACAAUGGAUACAGUGUGAAAUGCAAACACAUGCCAGUCAUAAACAUAAAUGAAACAAAAAUAGCCAUGUUCGAUGUGAAACUCCAAGCAUUUGAUUUUACUAGUGGUGACUUUGGCAAGGAAGAAGAAUGUUAUCAAGACAGAAACAAAAACUUAGUUCCUCUGGCUGUGUCCUUGGCGAGUUUGGGACUGGUUCUAAUAAUACUUGUCGUGUUUCUGCUUGCAAGAAGAAAAAGAAGUGAAGGAUAUGAACGCAUAUAAGAUUAUUCAAUUCAACAAUUCAUUUUAACCAUUUAUUUCCUGGGCUGCUAACAGUGAAUAGCCUAUGGCUAGAAAUAGUUUUAAUACAUUCACAUUUGAUGACAUUUUUUCCAAAACUUUCUUUUGGCAUUUUUGUUAUUCCUUUUCUUUUUAUUUUCUUUUUUAUUUUAUUUGUAAUGAUGUUUAACAUAUUAUUUGUGAUGCACAUUAUGCUUAGUUUUAAGUAUAAUGUUUAACCUGUUUAAAAUAACUUUUUUUACUUCAAUUACAUUUCGAAAUUAUUAAGGCUUGAUAUGUCCCAUCCGUUAAAUAAGCUUUAAUUUACAUCCCGUUUGUGAUCUGAUUAUUUUACUUUCCUCAGUCGCACUUUGAUUUAAUUUACAAAAUAAUUUUAGCAUUUUUAUAAAUAUGUUAUUCUAUAUAUUUAUGGUAUUGAAACACUAAAAUAUAUAUAUAACAUAUAUAUAUAUAUAUAUAUAUAUACACACACACACACACAUACUGUAUAUGUACAUUUAUUCUACUACUACAAUUUUGACUUCAAUAUAAAGCUGCUUUUCAAUUUGUGGUUUAUAUAUAUAUAGAUAUAUUAAAAAAACAAAGGUUUAAUACUAUCUGAUGUGCUGAUUCUAAAAUAUAAUUGUUAUCAAUAACAUCCAGUUUGUAUAUAUGCACAUGAAAACAUGAUUCAUUUAUACACCAUGUACCUCUAUGGCAUUUUUGUUCAGUUCUACUUUGGAAAUCUAGCACUUCCUGAUUCUGAUCAGUAUGUCACAUGAUCGAUAUGUAACCUAGAGUUUUAUGUUUGUAUAGGUUGUCUAGCAACCCUUCCAAUCCAUAAUUUUCAUACUGUAUACCACCAGUGUAUAUGUUAUGAAAAUUACAGAUCAGGAGGGUUGCUAGGCAAACUAUAGAAACAGGAAAACUGUAGGAGUCAUAGCGAUCAUGUUUCCUCACACCAGUCCAUUAAGCCCCUGGCAAAGUCAAAAUGCCAGCCCAAGCUGAUGUGGUUUCCCGGUAGGCCAGUCCGGCUGUGGUUGAUACCCAAUCCCUCAGUAUGUGUUUUCUCUAUAAAUAUAUAUAUAGAUUUCCAGGGGGCGGAAGAGAUAUGUUCUAAAAUAUUAAUUUUCAGUUGUUCUCUCUAAAUAUCGGGCUUUGGUAUACAAAGAUAAGAUAAGGAAGUAUUUAUGUGUGUAAAAAAACUGAUACAGAGGCUGAUCUCCCUACAAGUCCAGCCCAUUUUAAUGAAUUGUUGUCUCAAAGAACAAACACUUAUAUUUCAUAUUCAAAAAUAAACCUCAUAGAACAAUUUUCUAUACGUUUUAUAUUCUGCAACUGGUAUAACAAGUAAUUGGAAACACAUUACAGGAAAACCAAUUUUUUAGUACACUGCCCCUUAAAAGACUCACUUAGCAUUUUUUUGGAAACUUUGACCUCUGCCCCUUCAUCUUUCAUCUGAAAUAUUUGCCAUUAUGUCCUUGAACAUUUGACUUCAAAUUCUCCCGACAUGCUGUAUAUUUAUAACUCACAGAAACUCACAGGCAAAGUGCUCAAACACCUGUAAAUCUGUGUAAUCAUCCCUGUAUUCUGUUCUUGCUUGUUACUUUGUGGAUUGCAAAUACAUGAAAAUAAUAAAAUUAAAAUUGCCAUUUAAUCAAAUCAAACAAAGAAUUAAACUUUUAUGAGAAUUAAA